GUGAGAUGAAGGGGAAUGCUUCGUCCGAAUGAUUUGAUGCACAUAUAGCAAGGCCACAGUGACAAAGCACGCGAAGAUACGACCUAUGUGGCCGACUAGCUUGUCUGACUGCAUGUAUCGAGACCCACUGACGACGACCUUCGCAUACAUACCUCGACCAUGGCGGCCUAACUUUAGGUCGCUUGACCUGCACUCCCUGCCGCCAAGGGCAAAUCGGACACUUUUCUGCGGUGCAUUUUGUCAACCCUUCUAGCACAAUAGCCUAUCUUGGUUGACUCGAUCACGGCUGUCACAAUUGGGAAUUACCCGGCGGUAGUACGAAAAGGGCAGGUCGAUAUAUCAAGGUGUCAAGUCAGAGCAUAGUGCCAUUCACGGGCCGAUUCUUCUUUUUUUGGCUAUGAGGCAUUGCUUGAAGGUUCGUCCGACUUUGUAUGCUGCUAAUUUUUCGUUCGUGGCCAGGGCAAGGCUAUGGGUGUGGGCGAGUAAAAUACUUUGAUGGCUCGAGCUGAAACCAAGGUGGACAUCACGGCCGGACAAUGUCAAGGUGACCACCUGAUUGCGAACU